GGAGGCACACAGCGCGAGGAAGACGGGGCAGAGAUAAGGGAGGCUCCUCGCAGCCCUGCUGGGAGAACUUGACACUUUGCAGCCCGCAGCAGCCAGCAUGGUUGUCCUGAGCCCGGUGGCUCGGGGGAUUUAUCUUCAGCUUUUCUUCCGCCUCAUCGUGUCCCAGCCCACCUUCAUCAACAGCGUGCUCCCCAUUCCAGCAGCCCUUCCCGGCCUGGACCAGAAGAAGCGUGGCAGCCACAAAGCAUGCUGCCUGCUGACCCCCCCUCCGCCCCCUCUCUUCCCACCACCGUUCUUCCGAGGGGGCCGAAGCCCGCUUCUCUCCCCAGAUAUGAAGAAUCUCAUCCUGGAGCUGGAGACCACACAGGAGCCCCUGUGCAUGCAAGGGUCACUCAGCUCCCCUGGGCCUCCGGGCCCCCAGGGCCCACCGGGGCUUCCUGGCAAGACAGGACCAAAGGGAGAAAAGGGGGAGCUAGGCCGACCAGGAAGGAAGGGUAGACCUGGCCCCCCCGGGGUGCCUGGCAUGCCUGGGCCUGUCGGCUGGCCCGGCCCUGAAGGCCCCAGGGGUGAAAAAGGCGACCUAGGUGUGAUGGGCUUGCCAGGGUCGAGAGGACCAGUGGGCUCCAAGGGCCACCCUGGAUCCAGAGGGGAGAAGGGGUCCAGAGGUGAAAGGGGGGACUUGGGCCCCAAAGGAGAAAAGGGUUUCCCAGGAUUUCCUGGAAUGUUGGGGCAGAAAGGUGAAAUGGGGCCAAAGGGUGAGCCUGGGAUGGCAGGACACCGGGGGCCCACGGGAAGACCAGGAAAACGAGGCAAACAGGGGCAGAAGGGAGACAGUGGAGUGAUGGGCCCACCAGGCAAACCUGGGCCUUCUGGUCCACCUGGCCGUCCAGGUCCCCCAGGCCCCCCGGGCCUCCCAUCUGCAGGACAACUUGUAAUGGGACCCAAGGGGGAAAGAGGAUUUCCCGGGCCUCCAGGAAGAUGUCUUUGUGGAACUCCCACAAAUGUGAACAACCGUCCCUAUGGGGAGUCGGCGUAUGGGCCCAGUUCCCCGCGAGUCCCCGUGAUUUUUGUGGUCAACAACCAGGAGGAGCUUGAGAGGCUGAACACCCGAAACGCCAUUGCCUUCCGCAGGGAUCAGAGGUCUCUCUACUUCAAGGACAGCGUUGGCUGGCUGCCCAUCCAGCUGACUCCUCUCUACCCGGUGGACUACGCCGCGGACCCCCGCGGCUUCUGUGGGGACGGGGUCCUGCAGCCUGGGGAGGAGUGUGAUGACGGCAACGCGGACGCGGGUGACGACUGCAUCCGCUGUCGCCGGGCCUACUGUGGAGACGGCCACCGGCACAGGGGCGUGGAGGACUGUGACGGCUCUGACUUCGGCCACCUGACCUGUGAGACCUAUCUCCCCGGGUCGUAUGGAGACCUGCGGUGCACCCCGUACUGCUAUAUCGACUCCACGCCCUGCCGCUACUUCACCUGAGGGCCGCCUGGAGGAGGCAGCCCUACCACGGAGCUGGCAGCAGCCCCUCCACCCUUGGCAGACUGACCUCGCCUGUCCUGGUCCAGUUUCCACCACCUUUGAGCGACAGAAACAAGGACAAACUCUUGCUGCUAAGACGUGCUUUUAACUCAGUCCGACUGGAGGAACUUAGGACACUUGCAUCCUGUCCUAACCCCAAGUCCCAGGACUCCUCCACGUGCCCAGCCUGGGAACUGCUCCCCGUCGCACCCUCUGGCCCGACAGCCGGCCUGCAGGGCCCUUUCCUCCCGAUGCUGUGGACUUGGCUUCGCACUGUUAGACACACACGACUGUUGGAGUUUGCUCUCAUCUUGGGGUGUCUGGGGGGCAGGCCUCUCCCCUCCUCUGACCUCUGGGACUGUGAGCAUUCUCACCCGGCCCUGGGGACCACAGAGCAGGGACAUGGGCCCAUUCUUGGGGUGGCCCCCAGCUCUGGGCCUGCCCAGGGACCCCCCAACUGGCCACAGCCCAGCAAGGCCUCCUGUGGAUGCGGCCCUCCCAGGAAGAGCCCCCAACUGUGAAAAAGGACUGAGGAUGCCGCCCAGCCCGCGCUUUGCCCCGGGGGGUGCUUGCCGUGCGAAAGAAAGCAGGGCAGUGGCCUCCCCAUCCCUGGCACCGUCCUGACCUCGCAGCUCUGUGCACUUGGGCCUCUGUCUCAUAAGCGGCCCUCUGCCCCUCUCUCAGUCAGGAGAUUCGCUGGCAGGCAGGCCGUUGGUGGGUCCCUGGGAAAGUGCCGCCUGGUUUCCCGCCUGGCCCCACGACUGAGCAUGAGGUGCGAGCUCUGGGCACUGUCCUGUCUGUCCUGAGCGCCAGUCCCGGCUGCCUGCCAACUCCUGUCGCCCUGGGACCGCCUCCUGUGUCUCCGUGGUGCGUGCCCGUGUGCCAGAGCCCCCGUGUCUACAGGAUCGUGAGUCCUGCGUGUCCGUGAACCGCCUUUCACCUCCAUCUUUCCUGAGUGGGGCUUAGCUUUGUUUGGGAAAGACAUCUUUCCCACAGCAGACCUCAAAUGGGACGUGCCUGCUGGUCACCAGGUGGAGGGACACUCCUGGGCUCAUGUACAAGGCUGUUAACUGUGCCUAAGUCUCAGGCCGUCGGCGUAGUGAUGGUGGUUUGUCGUGGGCAGGAUCAGCCCAGGGGUGGUGUCCAGAGGGACCACUGGUCAGCCUGGUUCCCUCAGCCUCUACCGCAAUUCCUGGGGUGAUGUUACAUGGCCCACGUCGUCCCAUGUGAAGCCACCGCCUUCAUACUGGGACCUCCAGAUGGGAAAUCAGUAAAUA